AUGGCGGCAUCAUGUGUUCGUCUCUCGUCCUUCCUGCAGUGUGCCCUCCUCGCUUCCCUCGUUGUCUCCCAACCCAUAGAACCGGAUUCCACCGAUCCUACCAAUCCCAUUAAUCCUGCGGCAUGCCAGAUAGCUUGGUCGUCGCCCCAUUGCAUUGAUUAUCCGGCCUCGACUGGAGUUUUGGAGACUGCCCUGUCAGUCCAUGAGCCUGACUCUCGGCUAGCACGGGCAGUCUAUGCCGGUUCGUUUCAGCAGAUGGGUCGCAAGGCGAAGGCGACCAUCGUUGCUCUGUCGACCCUGAUCGUCUACGUAUCCGUCAACAGCCUCGCCCGGACCCUCGAUCCGAAAUCCUUUGUCUGGUAUGACGAGGACAAAGACGAGCGGAGUUGGAUCGCGACUUCACGAUCCUGGUUCGACCGCAAGAGCUGUCGUUGGCUCGGCAUCUGCGGUGCCGCGCAUAUCCAAACGGUCGAGGAGCACUUUGGACGGCGCAAUCCCGAAAAAUGGCAUGAAUCGAACGAUACCGAAUCGGAGCCUUGGCGGUCCUACUGGUUUAGCGGGGCCAGCAAUCAGUCCGAGUGGGAUACCGAGGAGUGGGCUCGGCGGGAGAUUCCCGACUACGUUUUUGACUAUGCCCCAUUCGUCCAUCUCUAUUCCGGGGAACAGUUUUGGCCCGGUGACAUCGCCGAGCAUCUAUACCACACCACUCCCAUGCUCAACUAUACCCCUAUCCAGGCUCAAUGGGACCAUGCCACACUACAGAACCUCAACGAGCUCAACCGAUGGGAAAGGGGACGCCAUGUAUUCUUGACCAGCAAUGACGACGUGCAGACCCGGCCCCCUUGGCUCGAGGGCGAGAGGAAUAUCCCCGAGUCCGACGAAGAGAUGGAGGAGUCAUGGGCCGACUGGGACGGUCGGGUGGAUGGAAAGAUCCCCGGUGACACCGAAGAGGAUCGUGCUGAGUGGUUUGACCUGAGACACCCAGAAGACGACGAUCUAAACAAGGAAUCCUCGCAAGCCCAUCGAUUGCUGAGACAGGAGCUGCGCAAACGCUAUGGCGGUAAAGAGAUUCAGGAACCUGUCGGAGACACGCCCACGGAAGGACCGGGAGGCCGCAGCGAUGCACCUGCAAUCUUACUCGUCAUGGAUAAGGGCAACGGCGUGGUAGAUGCCUUUUGGUUCUUCUUCUACAGCUUCAAUCUGGGCAACACCGUCGUCAACGUGCGUUUCGGUAAUCAUGUUGGCGAUUGGGAGCAUUGCCUCGUCCGAUUCCACCAUGGUCAGCCGAAGGCCCUCUUCUUCAGUGCCCACACCGCCGGUGAGGCCUAUCAUUAUGAAGCUGUGGAAAAGAUCGGAAAGCGGCCGGUCAUCUACUCCGCCGAGGGAAGUCAUGCCAUGUACGCCACAGCCGGGGUACAUGAAUACAUCCUGCCAUGGGGACUGCUCCACGACGUGACCGAUCGGGGCCCGUUGUGGGAUCCCCUGCUCAACUCCCAUGCAUAUACUUACGACUUUGACAACGAUACCCUACGCGCAUCCACCUACAGCCCUACGUCACCAACGGAAUGGUUCUACUUCCGCGGGCACUGGGGCGACAAGUAUUAUCCACUAGGUGACGAACGACAAUACCGAUUCGCCGGUCAAUACCACUACGUGAACGGACCACUCGGACCCAAAUUCAAGCAUCUCAAUCGAGUCAAGGUGUGCCAGGGUCCGGACCGUUCAACCUGCGUGAUCAAAGAUUGGAUUGGAGAAGAUGUACGAGCCCCACGCUGGGACUCAGUCGGCUUUGGCGAGUGA